AUGGCCACGGUACGAGAAGGAGCUCGCUUGGCGAGCUCGCUGGGACGAAGGCAAAUCACUCUACGGGCUGCCCCCCUUUGUGCACGAAGAUAUGCCUCGACUGGGGCCGAGAAGUCCUCUUCUGACCUGGCAGAUCUCGACAAUGCCUCCUCCUUUGCGACAGGUGCCCCCGACCAGGCAGCUAUCGAGGCUUUCAAUGCCAGGGAAAAUGCCAAGGGAACGGUCAAUAAGCUUCCUGGUAACAGAUACCAGUAUCAUCCUCCCAAGUACUACCGUGGACCCCUCCAUCCUGUCCAGGUUCCCAAGUCCUCCGACCCGACUGCCCGAGACUUCGUCCCCGGUCCCUUCAACUUCCCCCGACUAAGGCAUACAUACGAGACCACGGUUGCUCCAGAUCUGAUCACUAUGACCUACCAGCACAUCCCACCGGGCACAGAACUACCCGUUUCCAAUAAGGGUAACUUGAGAGAAUGGGACGGCUCCUCACCUUAUCACAAGAACCGACCUCGUCGUGGACCUCGUGGAGGUGGCUCUUCGAGACUUGGGUUGGUCGAGCGCCCUAUCGAGUGGCACAACGUCCCCGAAAUUGAGGCCAUCACCAUCAACUCAUUCGCCCCUCUAAGCUCCCAGAAUAAGGAGUACUUGCACGUGUGCCGUGCUGUUAUCCAGGCUAUCUCUGGUGCUUUCCCCGAGGUGACAAGGGUCAAGAACGGUGUCGUUCAGUGGAGUGUGAGGAAGGGUGACAAGACCGGUUGCAAGGUGACACUGAAGGGUGCUCAGGCCUACGAGUUUCUGGACAAACUGAUCACUCUGGUGCUGCCUAAAAUCAAGGACUGGCCUGGCAUUGAGGCUACAACUGGUGAUAGCGCAGGCAACUUAGCUUUUGGUCUGCAGCCCGCCUGGAUGGCGUACUUCCCUGAGAUCGAAUUCAAUUACGAUAUGUACCCUGCACGACUGAUGCCUGGUUGCGAUAUCUUUAUCAAGACAACUGGCACCUCCGAUAGACAAGGCCGCCUUCUUUUGGAGGCCCUAGGUCUCCCCUUCUUUGGCAAGGCCGGGCAUUAA